GGUGCUGGGCGGGCCAGUCUGAAAGUGCUGCUCGGAGGAGGACCUUCAGAAGGGUAGGGGAACGUGGAUCUUCACUGGCAGGAGAGAGAAAAUGAUCAUCUUUUGUUCUUCCCCAGAAAAUUCACUACCUAGACAACGUUAGUGUCAAGGCUUAUUCUCAACUGGAGAUGCAAGGUCUGUCUCAACUUGAAGACGUUCGUGUCAGGUGAAUGGACAGUCAGCCACCGCAAUGAAAGAAAUCAAACCAGGACUUGCCCCUGCUGAACCCAUGCCUCAGUCAUCCCCAAGUGUUUCCUGACAUGCAUUUUUGCUUACAGUGCAUCGUAACUAAAGAAUGGGGCUCAACUUGACACUUGCAAAGUUACCAAAUAAUGAGCUGCCCAGCCCAGCAAGUCCAACUCCAAACAACACAACAGAUGGACCUGGAAAAAACAUCACCCUUCACAAUGAGUUUGACACUAUCAUCUUGCCUGUGCUUUACCUCAUUCUAUUUGUAGCAAGCAUCUUGCUGAAUGGCCUAGCAGUGUGGAUCUUCUUCCAUAUUAGGAAUAAAACCAGCUUCAUAUUUUAUCUCAAAAACAUAGUGGUGGCCGACCUUCUAAUGACGCUGACAUUUCCAUUUCGAAUAGUCCACGACGCAGGAUUUGGACCAUGGUUCUUCAAGUCAAUCCUCUGCAGAUACACUUCCGUCUUAUUUUAUGCAAACAUGUAUACUUCCAUUGUGUUUCUUGGGCUGAUAAGCAUCGAUCGCUAUCUGAAGGUAGUAAAGCCAUUUGGGGACUCUCGCAUGUAUAGCAUAACCUUUACAAAGGUUUUAUCGGUUUGUGUUUGGGUGAUCAUGGCUGUUCUGUCCCUGCCAAACAUCAUCCUAACGAAUGGCCAACCAACUAAGGAAAAUAUUCAUGACUGCAUGAAACUUAAAAGUCCUUUGGGAGUUACAUGGCAUAAGGCAGUCAACUACGUGAACAGCUGCUUAUUCGUGGUUGUAUUGGUGAUUCUGAUUGGGUGUUACAUAGCCAUAUCCAGAUACAUCCAUAAGUCCAGCCGGCAAUUCAUAAGUCAGUCAAGUCGAAAACGAAAACAUAACCAGAGCAUUAGGGUGGUUGUGGCUGUGUUUUUUACCUGUUUUUUACCAUAUCACUUGUGCAGAAUUCCUUUUACUUUUAGUUACUUGGACAGGCUACUAGAUGAAUCUGCACACAAAAUCCUCUAUUACUGCAAAGAAAUGACACUUUUUUUGUCUGCAUGCAAUGUGUGUCUGGAUCCAAUAAUUUACUUUUUCAUGUGUAGGUCAUUUUCAAGAAGAUUAUUCAAGAAAUCAAAUAUUAGGACCAGGAGUGAAAGCAUCAGAUCACUGCAAAGUGUCAGAAGAUCAGAAGUCCGCAUAUACUAUGACUAUACUGAUGUGUAGGGAUUAGAAACCAUGGGACUGUCCCUUGUUUUUGGAAUUAAUAUGUACAAAGUGUAAAUAAAUGCUAUUUUAGAAAAA